AUGAAUAACAUUGCGAAAACUAGUGUUUUUCUUGUGGUUUUAGUUUCAGAUUGGCUUUAUUCCCUGACUUGGGCUGAAACAUUAAAUCCCCUUGAUUGUUAUGAUUGGUCUGUACCCAGUUGUGAUGCUUACAUUUAUCUCCGUAAUGUCACUGAGCCCAUCAAUUCUGUUGCAAUCAGAUUCAACAUUUCUACCCUGCAAAUCGUCCCCUUUGACGAGGCUGAUUAUUUGGCCAAAAUUACCUGUUCUUGCGUAGUUUUCUCAAAAGUUGAGGCAUACUUUUACAGGGUGAAUUAUACAGUGCAAGCUUCUGAUGUGGGUUUAAUGGAAAGCGAGAUUUCAGACAAGUAUUUUGGCUAUACUGCAUGGACGGAGAAAAGUAGUAACAGUACAUACAAGACAGGGGAAAACAUAGAGCUAGUUCUAGGUUGUGGGUGCCCUGUUCGUGGAUGGGAUUCAAUUGUUUCUUAUGCAAUUCCCGUGGAUCAAAAUUUCCGGCAGAUGAGUACAACAUUUAACUCCAACUUGGACGAAAUUAUGAACCUCAACAAGAUGCAGAACCCAGAUGUUUUAGUGGCCGACAGAGUAUACUUUAUCCCUUAUGAUUAUCAAACGGGUACACAAGAGAACAACACACAAAUCAAAUUGAAAGUUUCUCUUCCAAUUGUUGCUGCAGUCCUGCUUCUACUGUUUUCAAUUGUUAGUUUUUACUACACCUGCUACAAAAGAGCUCCAUCUCCUCAGUCUUCUACAGCCAUAAAAAAUGGACAACCUGAUUAUAGCGUAGCACAGAUGUCUGAAAUUAUAACUAUAAAUGGAACAAAGCGGAACCAGGAACAAAGAGAGAAAAUGGAUGAUGCUCUUUCAGUGCCAACCUUAACAAACCUUACACAUGAUGAGAUAGUUCAAAUGGAAAGUUAUUGUACCCAAUGUUACGAAAUUGGGGAAGGAAGUUUUGGAAGUGUGUAUAUGGGUAAUUUGAAAGAGAAAGAGGUGGCAAUAAAGAAAAUAAAAUAUACAGGGAAAUACAACAAGAAAUUAAUUGAGAAUGAAGUGAAACUUUUGGAUGGAAAGAAGCACAAAAAUUUAGUGUCUCUAAUUGCAUGGUAUAUUGAAGAAAAUGCAUUUUAUGUGGUGUAUGAAUAUGUUAAUGGAUGCAAUCUAGAUAAAUAUUUGAGAGAGAACUGUGAACGGAUUUCUUUGUGUUGGGAGCAAUGUAUGAGGAUAAUAACAAGUAUAGCUGAAGGAAUAGAGUUUUUACAUCUCAAUAAAAUUAUACAUGUUGAUAUUAAGCCUCAAAAUCUGAUGGUGGACAGUAAGGAUAAAGAGGUGAAACUUAUAGACUUUGGGUUUUCAAGGCAUGUGGACUGGGAAGGCACUCACAGGUCAACUGAUAGAAUAACAGGUACUAGAGGGUAUUGGGCUCCAGAGUAUUGUCUCAACCACAAACUUUCCUACAAGCAUGAUGUUUACAGUUUUGGUAUUGUGGUGUUGGAGGUGAUAACAGGACAGAAGCAUGUUGACGAUGCACGAGGCUCAAGCCAGUUUCAUAUUCCAGACUAUGUACGUUAUAUGAUUGCCUGUAAUCGUUUCAAAGAAGCUUUGGAUGAAAGGUUUAAAACGGAAGGCUUCAGUGAUUUUGAUCUCAUGAAUGCUUUAGCUGUAGCAAACUUAGCUCUUAAAUGUGCUGAGCUAGACAAGGAGGAGAGACCUGAUAUGAGUUAUGUGGUUAGGGUACUCAAUAAAAUGGACAAAUAA